ACCAAACUAUCAAACAUAGGCUCUGGGAUACUUCACUACAUGACGAUGGCUGAGAAUUUUCAAGUUAUCAUUGUUGGCGCUGGGCCCGUGGGCCUCUUCCUCGCAUGUGAGCUCGCAUUAGCUGGAGUAUCCGUCCUCGUCUUGGAGAGGGAUGAAGACCCUAAUUCGAUUUGGAAAGAACAGCCUCUUGGGAGGAGAGGGCUGCAGCCUUCUGCGAUCGAAUCAUUCUACCGAAGGGGACUGUUGGAAAAGAUUACGCCUGCAUUCGAAGAUGUUGGCUUGGAGCACAUGAAAUCGUUCAAGGAAACCUUUGCCGGCCACUUCGCAGGAAUCAUGUUGUACCGCGACAAGAUCAACCCGAAACAACAUCCCUACCACCUAGACGGACCAGCUUAUGUACCGCUGGUCUUGACGCUCCAGAUCCUCGACACAGCCCUAACCGCGCACGCUGAAUCUCUAGGUGUCAAGAUCAUCCGCAACGCCGAAAUCACCGCCCUCGACAACGGCGAGGAUUCCGUCAAAGUCACCACCGCCUCUGGGAAAUGGUUCUCAAGCUCCUACCUUGUCGGCUGCGACGGCGGCAAAUCCUUCAUCCGCAAAGCAGCAUCCAUCCCCUUCCCAGGCACCGGCCCUGAAUUCACUGGCUACACGGGCAUCGCCACCCUCGAUCGCCCGGAACUCAUCAAACCUGGUUUGAACCACACCCCCAACGGCCUAACAGUAUACCCAUCCCCAAACAACUACUCCUUUAUCGAAUUCGACCUCUCCUUCGACCGCAGCCAACCCGUGACCCGCGAGCACUUUGAGACGGCACUCCAACGCACCACGCAAACGGACGUCAAAGUCAUCGAACUCAAAGUCGCAGGAACAUAUACCGCGCGUUGUAAGCAAGCGGCCAACUACCGCAAAAACCGCGUCCUACUCGCGGGAGACGCAGCGCACAUCCACUCUCCGCUCGGCGGCCAAGGUCUCAACGCCGGCAUCGGCGAUGCGAUGAAUCUAGGCUGGAAGCUCGCUGCUGUGGCUCACGGACGCGCGAAGGAAGGAUUGCUGGAUUCGUAUCACGCCGAGCGGUAUCCGGUCGGGAAGGAUGUGUUGGACUGGACGCGUGCGCAGGUUGCGACGUUGAGGCCCGAUGGGUGUGCGAAGGCUGUGCAGAGGGUUAUGAAGGGGCUUGCGGAUACGGUGGAUGGGACUACGUGGCUUGUGGGGAAGAUCUGGGGGAUCGAGACAAAGUACGCUGGGUUUGGUGUGGAGGAGGAUGAGGCGGUGGAGGUGCAUGAUCUCGUCGGCAGAAGUGCGCCUGAUUUUAUGUUCGAGGGUGGGAAACGGCUCGGGGAGAAACUGGUCGGUGUGGGGUCGAAGUUUGUUGUUUUGGAUUUGAAGGGCGAUAAGGAAAUUUCGGGGGUCGUGGAGGCGUUGGAGGCGGGCGAUCUUGUUGGGUAUGUUGGUGGGAGGGUGGAGGAGAGCUUCGGUGCGCGAUGUAUGAUUCUUCGUCCUGAUGGGUUUGUCGCGUGGGUUGCUACUCUGAAGGAGCAAAUUACUUUGGGGGAUGUCAGGCGCGCAUUGGAAAGGUGGAUCACUCUCUGA